UGGGUCGAGCAGUGGGGGUUGAGCGACCAGUGGAAACGUUAGUUGCAACGCCCACUUGGGCCAAGCGCUGAGGACUGCGACUGUAGCUAUGACUGACCUUUUUGGGACCGGCUAACGAUGAGGUACAGUAAGCACACGCUUAGGCGAACCGGCUACAGAAUGAAUGAAUGAUUGAGAAGCGUUUGCCCACAUCUCAGUAUGGCUAGGGAAAAUGUUUCCUAGCCGAAUCGAAUCAAACUACGGCAAGCAACUAUAAAUACGCUGCGCCAACUGGCAACCAUCAACAAAUCAGCUCAGCCGCUGCAGCCAUCGCAUCCUUAGCAAAACGAGCCGCACUUAAGUAAAAAUCCUCAUCAUGAAAUUCCUGUGUGUCUUCGUUGUGUUGGCCAUGUGCCUAACGGGCUGCCUGGCGGCCAUUGCUGAGCCCGCAGCAGCUGGAGCAGCGCCUGACACUGAGCUGGAGUCGACGCUGGGCGAGAAGAAGACGGAGAAGCGCGGCAUCUACGGCUUUGGCUAUGGACAUUACGGCCAUGGCUAUAGCGGCUAUGGACUGGGACAUGGACAUUAUGGCGGCUAUGGUCUGGCCACGCCUUACUAUGGCGGCUACGAGUACGUGCAUCACGCUGCGCCCUACUACGGCGGCCAUCAUGGCUAUAAUCCUUAUCAUCAUGGUCAUUAUGGUUACUAUUGAGCUUAACUGGGACCACGCAUUAUAUACUCAAACACUCAUCGCUACACAAU